GUUGCGCAUGCGUUGUGCAAGGUCCGCGCAUGUGUAGUGCGGUGAUACUGGCGGCCGCGCAUGCGCAGAGGGGCGGCGGAGCGAUGCAGGCGGCCCUGGAGAUCACGGCGCGGUACUGCCGCAACGAGAUGGAGCAGUACGGGCGCUGCGUGGCCGCCAGCCCGACUUCGUGGCAGACGGACUGUCACAGCCUCCGCCUCAGCAUGUCCCGCUGCGCCGCCACGCACCCCAUUGUGCAACGGAUCCGGGAGGACUGCGCUGAGCCCUUCGUGGCCUUUGAACAGUGCCUGAAGGAGAACCAGGAGUCGGUGCUGAACUGCAGCGAACACGUCAACGCCUUCCUGCGCUGCGCCGAGAGGGUGAAGCUCCCGGCGUGAGGGGAUCCCCGGAAUUAAAACUCAUGGUCAGGAGCAAAGGAAAACUCUUGAUACUCUGCAUUCUCAUCACAGUGUUUGGUUGGGUCGCUGCUCCUCCUCCUGAAAACCCGUGGGUCACUUGGGUAGGAAGCAAAAACCACCUUUUUUUUCUGCAGUUUGUACUGAGGAAUUCCUUUUGUCUCUAAGGACAGCAUUUUCCCUUUGUCUCAAUAAAAAGUAACCAGCUAACACGCUGCUGGAGACUGAAA